UGAGACUUACCUCCCUUGUGUUGUCUAGUGGCGCUAAUGUAUUUCCGCUGCUAGCUGGGUGCCUGACAGUGACAAAAAUCCAUUUAGUCCAUAGAGCAUCCAACACCGCCAACGGAAAGGAGGUGUGCUCCAGAAAGGCAGGGUAAGGCAGUGCAAGAUGACGACUUGCGAACUGCCUUGUAUGCCUUUUAUGGCUCUUUACAUCAUUUCUAUGCACAUCGUCAACAGCAACUCCCGUUCAAGUGCCAAUCAUUGGAAACUAAACCUGGCGGCUGGGAAAGUAGAACCUGCCACUGAAGAAACAGUUGACUCUGAAGAUGAGAAAGUUAUGGCUAUACUUACUGCCAGCAGAGUCGUUGAGAAUGGAGAAUGGAAGGUCGAGGGAGUAGAGGGGUCAUCGAACUGCAAAAAUGCAUGCAGGUCAGAUGAUAACGUUGAAAAAGAACGAGUUGUGGAAAGAAAGACAUCAUCCCCAAGUAUGAAUACAUCGUCUUCAAGUGUAAAACACAAAAAAGGACUUACUUGUGGUAAACCUGUCAAUUCCACUCAGUAUGACCACCUAAGGGGUAUAGCCAACAGGCAUGAACACCCUCAUAUCCCAGAGCCAGAGGUGGCCAUGAUCUUCCGGAAAAAAGGCAGCCGCUCAUCAGAAGUGGACCUAAAUGAUUUAGAGGAAAAACUCUUGAGGCUUAAAAAAGAUAAACCCAAAUCAGCACAAGUUCACAAUCAAAUAGGGAAUUUUUGGAGAAUCAAAGGCAACACACAGCUUUCAAUAGAAUGCUUUAGAAAAGCACUGUUACUGUCACCAGACCAUCCAGAUGUGCUUCUUAACCUAGCUCGUGUUCUCUUCAACCUUCAGUACUUGGACGAUGCAAUAUUCCUCACACGUAGAUCGCUGGCAAUGCAGUCAACAAAACAGAACACUUGGCUGCAGCAUUACACUCUUGGGGAAAUUCUCAAAGCCUAUGGGCAUUAUCAAGAGGCUACCAUGCACUUUGGGCAUGCAUUGGAACUGAACCCUGGGUUCCAGCCAGCAAUUGCUCACUUGCGUGAAAUGGAGGGCACACCCAGUUCGUCAGUGACCCAGUAUACAUUGUUUAUCAUACUUUUUUUGGUGCUUGGUGUCCUGUUUGGAGUCAUCACUUCUAUUGAGGCUAAUUUUGAAGACACAGGGGAGGUCGUGAAGACCCAGCGCCAUUUCAACCGUGCCAUGGCUAUGAGAUCCAUCAAGCUUGGCAUUAAUCACCGGCUGAUCCGAAUGCGAAAACUGAAUUGCUAGGAACAUUGGUCUUUUAUAGUGUGUCCCAAACAUCCCUCCUCCCCAUGUAAAAUAAUUAAACUAUUCUGUAAAAAUUUCAGAAACCACCAGAGAGGUAUUUGUAGCAUGACUGCAGUGUCACCUACCAAACCAAAACAAAAGGGUGGGGGGUCAAAAAGGAAUCCUCUAUACACUAUUGCAAGCUUUCUACUUUAAUCGUGACAGUUUGUUUUAAGUGGCAACAACCCACAAAAGAUUUACUAAGCACUUUUUUUUUUUAAACUGUGUAUCCUGUUUAUGGCUUCAUGAGGGAUCCAAUCUUCCAAAAUUUAAAAAAAGCUGAUGACAAGCCAUGACUAACAGUAACACUCAAGAAAUUUCCACUUUUAGAUUACACGAAAGUUUCAUAAACUUUCAUUUUUACAACUCUGUAUUUAAGAAGAUUCGCUUUAAAGUGACUUGAAAAAUACAAAACCUUUCAGAAAAAACCAAGACAUAAGCCAUCAUUGUUGAAGAAUGGUCUAACCGGUACUGAUGUUUUUGAUAUGUAGAAUACACGUUGGUGGUUGCAACAUGAGCAGGCGAGUUUAAAACACCUAUAGAUGCAGCAAUUAUACUGUUCUCCUGUUUUCAGUAAUUUAGUAGCUGCUGGUCUGUAUGAUAAAAUUUUAUACACUUACAUUCUAGGAUGUAAGAUAAUGGGAAAUAAAGUGCUCUGUUUUAUGUCUCCUAACCUGAAACACAUUGUGUCAUCUAUUCCUAUUUUUUCAUCAGAAGAUAUCUUGGUAACUACAUGGCUUGAUGGGUGCUUUUGCAUUUUCAAUUCAUUUUGAACUAUCUUAUUAAAAGAAAAUUUAUUGUCAGUAAAAUCAACAAUUAUUUUUUUUUUUUAAUUGCCAUGAAUUCUUUCUCCUAAAUCUUCUGCCUUGGUAUGCAGUUGACAAUAGAAUAUUUUUCCAUCUGUCAUGAAAGGGUCAUGCUUCAAACAUCCGACACAGUUCCUAAAUUUAAUAAAGUACCAGGCAAUAUGAUCUUGGCUAAAGAUUUGUUUAUGAGCAUUAAUAAAACAGUCAAUUCUGAAGGGCUUUAUGGAAAAUCAUUGUGUUGAGAUAUUUUCUCAUUCUGUUGUCUUUUAGUUUGCUUGUUUUAACUCUUGAGUUGUAGCAUGAAUUCUUACAUUGUCACAUUGUAAUUCUUAAGCAGUUAUUAUCCUGUUUCUGUUGGAUGGAACUGUAUUUAAGAUUAGACAGGUUUGUUGUUCUAAAGUUACUUUUUUUUCAAUUAACAUUUCUAGCAAGCAGAAUAUUUAUCCUCUUAUUCUGUUACCCCAGUAGUUCAGUUUUUCAAUUGGAAUAAGUAAAUUGCCAUGUAUAAAGAUAUCUGUUAUUGACAACUGACUAUACAAUGUACAAUUAGCUGGCUAAUUAUCAGGAAUGCUAAAAGAAUAGUCUUUAAAUGUUUUUACAGUGAUCAGUGCUGUUUGAUACGAUUUGAGAUACAGUUUUACAGUACGCAGUUACGGAUAGUCUGUGAUAUAUUUCUUCCAUUAAUCUUUACAUAGCUUGUAAUUUAGAUCUCAAGGGCCCAUUUGUUUGGAAAAAAA